AUGGCGCCGUCUUCGGAUCACGUACCAUAUAUCUUCAAAUAUAAAGAUCCAGGUCCCGAACAUGUGCUUAACGUGUUCUACCUGCAGCGCAUGAGCGAAAGUGAUCGUCAGCAAGUCAUCCAUGGGCUGUCUGAGAAGCCAGAUGAGGAUCUCGUGCAACGUCUGAUUGUAGACGUGGCACAACCGCCUGCACCACGGAAGCUACAAGAAAAGAAGUGGAUCAGAGACUACGUCCCGGGGCCCGAUGUCAUUCUAGCUAUCGCGAAGGACGCAGUAUCGACUGAGUCGAGAAAGGAUGAGAAUUCGUACACGAGUAUCAUCUUCGUGGACCGCGCGUGGGACUUAGGUAAUGUGAUAGCCACGCACUGGGAGACGGCAGAAGAUGGCGAGACGAAGGCUCUGGCUGCGGUGCGUGUGCCGAUGAGGAAUGCUAACUUUCUGCUCACGGCUUGCGACAAGAUCGAGGGCUUGACACUAGCUCGGUGUUUAGGAUUAGAUGCAUACGAGCACUCGCGCGUGAACUUGUACGAGGACCUCAAGGGGCUGGACGAGAUGCACAUGUCUACCAGAAUCGACCCGGACUUCCAAUGGCCGAGUCAUCUGCCAGCUUCAAGCUUGCAAAACAACAAGCCGACGAUCAUCUCACUGCGCCACCUGAGCGACGAAGCGAUUUCGACGCUCAAGCAGCGGAUCAUGGAAGGCCAAGGCUCUGACAACAUCGCAGACGAUGUGAUCAUCCACAACUGGCAAGGUCCCGAGCCAACACGAAGAACGUUUCUCCGCGACAUGUUGAUCACAAUGCAAAUUAGAUCUUCCGAUCCGGAAGCACAGCUUUAUGCUUUUUUUGUGGACUACAUGCUCCACGGCGAGGAAGCAAGAUCCCGUCAAAUCCUUGCCGUUUCACGCUCAGACCGCUUAGUGAGAGAUGAGUCCAGUGCUGUGGAGGUCCUCCCCGUCUUCACCGAACAUUUCCUCCGCGUGUGGGAUGCUGGAAAGAUGCGUAAGGACGUCAGUGAAGAAGGGAAACUGGUCGAUAUUUGGAAGGUGGAGCAUGUGGACGACUUAAACGCUUCUUCAUUUGAUCAUGCGUUCAAUGCUUGCCCUGUAUUCUUCCUGCAGCCUUUCACGGCUGAUCAAGAGCGUGAGAUCCGCAAGCUCGUGUGCGGGAUUGGGCAGUACGAGGAAGGCGAGGACUGGGGACAUACCUUCACAUGGUUCGGCUACAUCUUCCCUCCAUCCACCCUCUCAAGCGACAGCGAGGCCGCCACAAUUCACACACUCGAGGACCUUCGAGACCAAUGGGAAGCGAGCGAUCCCUUCUCUCCUUUUUUCGAUGCUGUCAAAGCUGGCCCAAUCCGAAUGCACCGGUAUCCGUCGAACUUCAUUGCUGUCGACGAGAAGAUAUUCGACAAGGAAGAGCCGAAGGUCUGGCUGGCCAGCUCGCUCGAUUUCCAUGGGGAGGAUACUUCGGAUUCUUUGGGAUGGAUUUAUGGGCGGGUUGCACCGAGGGAGAGCUAUAAUUGCUGGUGCAAUCUCGAUAUCGCGAAUAUAGGGCCCGAGGAACUCGUCGAUGCACCAGCGAAGAAGUUGUGGUUGAGUGAUCUCAAGGCGUAUAGAGAGGAGGACUGGGAUGGGGACCAGGACGAAGAUGGUGUGUGGGAGGAGCAAGGUGAUGGUUCAAUGGAGUGGAGAGUCAAGGAGGACGAGGAUGGCAGCCAAGACAGCAAGGACUGGGUUGUAGUCAGUUCGGCUGGAGUUGAAGACAAUGGGCAUGGAGUUGGAGACGAGUCCCGAGAUGGGGCUGGUUCACAGGACCCAGGCCCUCGUAAAGGAGGGAACGCACCACGGAAGCUGUUGGGAGGACCGAGCGUGGCGGAUUGA